AUGAAGCGCUGCUGCCCCGGGGCAGCUUGGGUGAUCCUGGCAGCGCUGUGGCUGGCAGCAAGUAAAUCACAGCCCCCGGGGUGCCAGGACCACGCCAUGCCAUCAGGGCAGCGGGUUCUGGUGCGGCCACCCACCCGCCUGCGGAGGCACACCACCAGACCCCCCUGCCCCGCUGGCAUGAACUGGAUCGAGGGGGCUCGCCUGUGCUGUGCCCACUGUCCCUCAGGGACGUUCCUGAAAAGGCCCUGCUCGAGCCACGGCAACGACAGCAUCUGCUCUGCCUGUCCCACCGGCACCUUCCGUGCCCAGCCCAACACCUUCCCUGAGUGCCAGGCUUGCUACGAGUGCGACCGCCAAGCUUUCCAGAGCGUGCUGAGCAACUGCUCGGCCACCAGUAACGUCGCCUGCGGCUGUGAGCCCGGCCACUUCCGUGACUGCCUUGACAAGCACUGCAGCGACUUCCGCUGCCAGCAGUGCCAGCCCUGCACUGGGCGGCUCAUCCAGCGUCCCUGCUCGGAGGCGCAGGACACCCUCUGUGGCAGCUGUAAGCCUGACUUCUACGCUGAGGGUGGCGAGUGCCGGCCAUGCCGCACGAGCGCCCCGGAGACGUGCGGCAAGGAGUGCCAGCGGGCGUGCGGCGGCAGCAGCGGCCAAGGCUCGGGGCUGGAAUACAUCCUGCUGGCGCUCACCGGGCCCCUCUUUCUGGGUGCCCUCGCCAUCUACCACAAGAGGAAGCGGCUCUGGCACGAUGCCCCGGCAGGUGGACCCCUCCCUGUGGUGCGGGCGGUCACUCCCAUGGCCGGGGCUGCAGCCACGCCAUGGUGCCAGGUCAGUGCCUGGCAGCGGGACAGCCUGUGCUGGACCCAGUCGUGCUCCCCUUGGGUGACGGAAGGUGCCACUGGCACGGCGAGGCAGAGCCCCGAGCACCGGGCCUUACUGUGGGAGCAGCCCAGUGGCACGGCACAGCCAGGCGGUGAGGUGGAGCCCCCUGCCCCCCCGGAGCCCCGUGGCGCUCUGCUGCAGGGCAGCCAGCUCUACACCGUCAUCGAUGCGGUGCCAGUGCGGCGCUGGAAGGAAUUCAUGCGGGUGCUGGAGCUGCGGGAGGCGGAGAUUGAGCUGGUGGAGCUGGAGGUGGCUCAUAUCCGCGACCAGCAGUAUGAGAUGCUGAAGCGCUGGUGCCAGCAGACCAGCGCCACGCUCGACCGUGUCUUCACCGCCCUGGAGCGCAUGGAGCUGGCUGGCUGUGCUGAGGCACUGCGCCAGAGCCUGCUGGCGGGCCACUGA